UUGUUAUUUGGUUGUGUGAGCGUAUGAACGUGUGAGUAUAAAUACAUACAUACAUAUUUUUCGUAAGAAAAAAGUUGAUUGUGACCUCGGAGUUUGGUCGGCAGCGAAACUUUGGAAUUACUGCUCAUGGGUGAAUAUACACGCCACAGACGAGAAAACGGCCUCAUGAGCCUAUGGAACGGGAAGGACCUUUGGUACACACAACGACCUCUCCCACACAUAUAUGUACCUAUAUAUAUAUAUAUAUAUAUAUAUAUAUACACAUACACACUUAAAGCCUUCUACGCAAGUUCCCAUAUACAGAUUUACUCUACGUAUUACUUGCUCGUUGGUUUCUUUUCUCCAUGUUUAUAUAAGCAUUUAUAUUUGGUAGAAUGGGCGGUUCCCAAAUCAUUGACCAAACCCACUUCAUCUUGUAAUAUUGUAUGAGUGGAAGAUACAGGGAAGAUAAUGGAGUUAUAUUAAGAGAGAGAGAGAGAGAGAGAGAGAGAGAGAGAGAGAUGUUAUUUGACACACAAAAUAUAAUUCUAGAAGGUUCACAAAGAUAGGAGGUAUACAAUUCUGUACGUAGGAUAAUAUAUUCAUAUGCAUAGAAAAACGAAACAUAAAAUUCAAAAUGGAUGCUCUUUGUUGUCUGUCGGUUUUCAAUUGCUACGAAUCGAAAAGAAAGAAAAUGUCUUUGCUUUCAACCUUCCAUAUCAUAUAACCUGUAUUCAUUCACGAUUUUGUGCUUGACCAACGCACGUACGAAUGGUCAAUGAAAACAAAGAAAAUAAUGAAAUAGAAUAAGGACAAUUUGUUCCACUCCUUUGUGACGGAAAUAUAAAUUUUCUUUUGUUGCGAUGCACCAAUCUUAGAAUCUCCCAACCAUGCAUAAACAAUGGCUCUGUUUAUUUUUCGGUGUAACUUCUAGAACUUAACACGAUAAUUUGUCUUCAUAAAAUCAACAUCGACGCGUUCGUCCGUCUGUGCUCUCGUUUAACUCACAUAAUCAAUAUACCAAAAUAUAUUUGGCUGAUCCAGACCACUAAAGAACAUUGUGUUUUGCAAAGUCCGUUAUUGGAGUUCAAUUUACGUGUUGUGGCCUCAUAUCCAAUUCCACCUCCAUUCGUCUCACAAUGAUGUUUGAUUCACUUCACGACGUGGCCACAUCUAACAUGUCGUUCUUCAGCCUAGAUAUGACAUCAAAUUCUGUGGUUACAGUGUCUCCUCUCAACUCAACGGCAUCUGUUCAAUACAGAACUCCUCUCCUACAAAGUAAACCAAUCUUAGCCAUAAUCUACCUCAUAAUAUUGCUUACCGUGUCCUGUUUCGGUAUGGUGACCAAUCCUAUCAGCUUCAUUAUUCAUUACAAGAACCAAAAGCUAAAUAAAGUCGGGCGAAUAUUUCUGAUGAACCUCUGUUUGGCCGACAUGUGCGUGAAUUGUGUCAGCAUGCCAGCUUGUGCUAUUGGUAUAAUCAAAGGCGAACAGUUCUUUCGAAGUAGAUCAACCUACUGUCAAUUCGUCAGUUCGCUUUGUUUCACGGCUUGUGUCUGCGCCAUCCUCAAUUUAUCCAUGGCAACUAUCAACAGGUAUAUUUUCGUUUGCCAUAAUCAAAUGGGUGGGAAAAUGUUCAACCGGCGAAAUUCCCUAUCGACUAUAUUUUUGGUGUGGCUAGUUUCCUUCCUGUUGGAAUCGGGCAAUAUAUUCGGCUUAUAUGGACACGAAUACGACUAUAAACAACAUGCGUGUGUUUGGAACAGGGUAGCCAGCCACGCUUAUACUUUGUACAUAACGCUUGUACUUAUUAUGUCGCCGCUUUUUUCAGUCGGUGUUCUCAACCUGUUGAUCUUACGAAAGAUACAGAAGACCAAAAUGGAUAUAUGUAAACUUAGCGAUACCAACCAGAUCCGAGGAAAGAAAUCUUGGUUGGCUGAAACUCUCCGAACAUCUCGGACGAUUUUCCUUCUGUUUAUGGUUUUUAUGUUUUGCUGGUGCCCAUAUGUGUUUGUUAUCGCAUGCGAUCCAAAGGAUCUACUGCAGGAAGAAGUGUAUCUAUUCGUGGCCCUUCUGGUGCAUUCACACUCCAGUUCAGGAUUCUUAGUGUACUGGAUCGGCAGCAAAGAGUUCGUUAAAGCUGUCAAGAGGUUGCUUAACAUACCGUGCCUAGAAUCCAAAUCGAAGCAAAGAGUAAAGAUUUAUGGUAUAAGUAGUAACACUACCAACAGGAAUUUCGACAACCUCGUUUCAUUGCGAUUAAGUAAGCAGACCAGCAGAACAUCAAUGACAAGCAAUGUGAACACAAGCUUCGAUAUGAACAAUAAAAUGCAUCAGCAGAGUGCCUCAAAUUUGGAGGAAGGAUUUAAUCGAUUUUAUCAACCCCAGAUAGACGAUAGAGAAAGCUGACCUCGGCGGUAUUUGAAGCUAGAAUGUAAAGGGCAUUAACCAAACAACGCAAUGCCUUUUGGUCCGCGUUCUACCGAUUCUGGCUGAAUAUUCAAAUGGUUUCUUUAUUUAAAAAACAAUUUACCCUUCAACUAACCAACCAGCCAACCAACCCACUGGUUGAUUCCGAAAGCUGCAUUGGUUAUAAACGUAUACAUAUCAAUCAGAAACCUUAAUGUUGGUUUGGUGCAUAAUUAUUGCGGCUCUUUUUCAACAAAUUUUAUUCAACAAAAACAAUAACAAUAUUUAGCAAAAACACCUUUAACUGCCGGUCUGACCGUCUGCCAAGCAAAUGAGAAGCAAUAAUUGAAGUAGAUGGGGAAUAUGCUCCGGAACAAUCAUUUAAAGAUGUUUUUGUUACAUGUUGUUAUUGUUUUUGUUGAAUAAAAUCUGUUGGAAAAAAGCCGCAAUAAUUAUGCACCAGUCCAAUAUUUUAUUGUGGAGACAUGUUUUUCUUUGUGUAUCUUUAUCCACUCAUACACAUAUUCAAUAAACAAAUUUAUCUUUUGUUUGAAUAUGUUCUACAUCCUAAAUAUAAACACCCUACCUCUCUCUUUGUCUCUCCCUCUCUUCACACAUACACGGACACACACACACACACACACACACAGACACACACACACACACACACACACACACACACACACACACAC